AUGGAAGCAAAAAAGCAAAUAGCUUUUGUGGAAUAUUUUGAAAAUGAGUGGUUAAAUUCACAUAAUACUUGGUAUGAAAAUAUUCAACAUUUUACUCCAAGCACUAACGAUGGUUUAGAAAGUUUUAAUAAAAUCAUAAAAGAUGAAAAUACCUAUCGAGAACGUAUACCAUUGUCAAGAUUCCGUAUUAUUACAUUUGAAACAGUCAAACAAUGGUCUAGUCAAUAUAAACACAAGUUAAAACAAUAUAUUCAAACACCAUCUAUUACUCUUGAUAUAUGGACAAAAGGUUAUCAAUGGGCUAAGUCGGACAAAAGCGUGAUUUCAAUGAAUCAUGGGUAUACAGUUGAAUAUUAUGCACCAGCUGAUGAUGAAUUUAAAAUCUCAAAUAAUGAUAUUGAUACUAUUAACACGAUGAAAUGGAACACUUUCGAUCAGUAUAGAAAACGUGCAUUUAAUGUAUGGUAUAUCAAAAUGCAAAAUGAUCCGACGAAUUGGAUGAAGGGCUAA